CAGACUUUGCUGGACUUCACAAGGAUCGGACAUUAAGUUACCUGGAUUGUAAUUAUUAUGAUGGCCAAUUCAACCGUGGACACGACGACGCUUUGCCUGUUUGAUGUGGACGGGACUUUAACAGAAGCUCGGCAGGGCCCAAAAUGUGGUGCUAUGCCCCUGCUCAUGGAGUUCUGGAGAAAAAUAACAUUUAGGCAUCACAGAUAAACAUCAGGUGGUAAAUUUGAAGACAACUCCUGAAAUGCAUCAGUUCUUGAGUGAACUGAGACAACGAGUGAGAGUGGGGGUUGUUGGCGGCUCCGAUUUGGACAAAAUCAAAGAGCAAUUGGGCGAUGAUGUGAUUGAUAGAGUCGAUUAUGUGUUUGCUGAAAAUGGUUUGGUAGCUUACAGAUUUGGGAAGCUACACUCAGUUCAGAAUAUUCAGGCAUACCUUGGAGAGGAAAUUUUACAGGAUUUCAUCAAUUUCUGCCUGAAUUACCUUUCGAAGAUAAAACUGCCUAAGAAGAGGGGCACAUUUAUUGAAUUCCGUAACGGAAUGCUUAAUGUCUCUCCAAUUGGUCGAAGCUGUAGCCAACAGGAAAGAAUCGAAUUCUUUGAAGUUGAUAAGAAGGAGAAGAUCAGAGAAAAGUUUAUCUCCGUUUUAAAAGAAGAAUUUGCUGGGAAAGGACUGGCUUUCUCCAUUGGAGGUCAGAUCAGCUUCGACGUGUUUCCGGAGGGCUGGGAUAAGCGGUACUCUCUGGGAAUUGUGGAGGAAGACUCAUACAAGACCAUCCAUUUCUUUGGAGACAAAACAAUGCCUGGAGGAAACGAUUAUGAAAUCUUUGUAGACCACAGAACGAUUGGGCACAUGGUUAAAUCACCCGAGGACACACUGAGGAUCUGCAAGGAGCUCUUCUUUAGUUAAAAGACUCUAAUCAUGACCUCCGCUCUCCAGACUACAAUAUCUGUGAACGAAGAACGUUUUACUUGGCAUACCCAAGCCAAUAUAUUUACUGUAUUUAAAUGAGUGUACAUCACAUAACCUUCAUGCUGGAGAAACCAGUAUGCAUGUGUUUGUGUUCAGAGUAUAUGGGACCAGGUACAUUAUGUGCAGGUUUAAGAACUGAUUGGUGCUAGUAUCAUUAUGUCUGAUUUUAUAUCAUAGCCUUAAAUCAACUAAAAAUUAUUUUUAUGCUUCUCUUUUCCGUUAAGGUCUCUUGCCAUAAACAAAAGAAAGAUCACUUAACAAGACGACAUGAGCUUUGUGGAACAUUAUGAACAAAUUCUUGUUUUGACUAGGGGAUUCAUCUUUUUUAUCUUUACAUUUACUUUUAGAAAGAGUGACGGGUGGGGUUGAUGACAAGUGUGGGUUAGAUUUUAUAACUAAAAUCAAAGUCAAACGUGCCACGUUUUAGGUCUAGUUUUGUUUAGAGUAUAAUAGAAUACACUAGGUCAAAGGAAUUUUGCAAGGACUACUAGUCACAUCUGCUUUGCAAUCAAGCUAAUCAUAUACUUAUAUGCCUAAAAUAACAAGGAACAUUGCUUGGUUUGCAAUUUAUCAAUCUCACUUGAGUUGCUUAACUGCCCUAACAAUGCGCUGUGACAAAUAAAUUGUCCAACCUGCAAUUGAAAAUUCUGCGUGAAAGUUCUACAAUCAGAACAUAUAUAAUAUACAGCGUGAUGUUGGACCAAUGAGAUUUAAAUGUGGGCGGGGCUAACUGACACUACAUUAGGCAACCAAUAAAAUGUUGCUGUAUGUCAUCAUGCCUGUUUAGGAAAAAGAAAUGUUACUGUCCGUAUACUGAAACAAAAAGGUGUAAAAAUUGUUCAAGUUAUAAUAUUGAGUAAACGAGUUUUUUUUUAAAAAUGUAUUAGUAACAAAAAUAAAUAAAUAAAUAAAUGCAAUUCUCAAUUUCCCUCAUUCUGCUGGAAGUCAUUGAUAACCUACUUACAUUUUAUUUCA